AUGACUGUCAGCCACACCGCCCAAUGGGUGAUUGUCCCAAACAAGGGCAUCGACGCUCUUCAAUUCGAAGAGAAAGUCCCACUACCUAGUCUUGAGGAGGGCCAAUGUCUUGUUCGCAUCGAGGCAGUCUCGCUGAAUUAUCGCGACAUCGCCAUGGCUCUGGGUCGAUAUCCAUUACCGUUGACAAAAGGUUUCGUGGCCUGUUCCGACGGCGCGGGAGAGGUUGUCGGCGUAGGUUCCGGAGUGAGCGAGUUCAAACCGGGAGAUAAGGUGUGCAUGACGUUCAUGCAAGACUUCCAGGACGGCAUUGUGACACCUGAGAUCCGCCAGAGCACCUUGGGAAGUCAGCGGGACGGUGUUCUACGACAGCAUGGAAUAUUCGAAGAGGCCGGACUUGUGUUGUUGCCCAAAAGCCUCUCUUACAUCGAGGGAGCUACAUUGCCCUGCGCUGCUCUGACCGCUUGGAAUUGUUUAUUCGGUCUCGAAUCGAGAGCGCUCCGACCGGGGGAGUUCUUACUGACGCAAGGAACCGGCGGGGUUUCCUUAUACGCUAUUCAGUUCGCAUUGGCCAUUGGAGCAAAUGUAAUCAGCACAACUUCGACGGCCGAGAAGGCAGAGAAGCUCAAGGCACUGGGUGUUCGGCAUGUCAUCAACUACAGGUCUAAUACUGGAUGGGGGGAAAUUGCCAAAUCGCUGACUUCAGACGGUCUUGGUGUGCACCAUAUUAUCGAGGUUGGUGGCGAAAAUACAAUAUCUCAGAGCUUGAACGCCAUCAGACCGGAAGGAGUUGUGUCCAUGGUGGGAUUUCUCGGCGGAAAGGGAGAAAAUGAAGGCGUACCCAGCUUCUCUUUGAUCCAGCGGCAACUUUGUAUUAUCAGAGGUAUGAAUGUUGGUCCGCGGAGGAUGUUCCAAGACAUGAUGGCGUUUCUUGAAGAGCAUACCAUUAAACCCAUUGUCUCGGAUCGGAUAUUCAAGUUUGAAGAGGUUCCAGAAGCCUACAGAGAGAUGGAAAAGCAGCAAUUCUGGGGCAAGAUUGUCAUCCAGGUACAGCAAACUUGA